UUUGAGACGCUGAUUUCCAUCCCCCUCUCCAUUUCAGCAUCUUCUUCUCCAUGUCUCUCUCUCUUCGCUUGUCUGCCCUGCGACGAGGCUAUGGCAGAAUUGAUUGGCCUGUCUCUCGCAUCGUACCGAUGCAAUCAGACAUUCACUAACGGACCCGUCAUCUCUAGGGGCCUCGCUGCACUACUCUCGAAAUGUGCAAAACGAGAGUGAAUCUUCCCGUAGAAUAUGGAAAGAUACCCCGGCAAUAUUUUUGUCUUUUGUGCAUGUGAGAGGAGUGCAGCGAGGCCCUAGGUCGCACGCGGAGCAGACUGUUGAAGCUAAGGAAUUUGCUGUGCUGUUGAUCGGCUUUCUGACCCAUCUGAGCUCUCUCUCCGUCCACCAUCGUCCUUGGCAGCUAAGCCUUGAUCUAAGCCCGCCCGUGGCUUUCUUACCCAUCUGAGCUCUCUCUCCGUCCAAGGACGAUGGUGGAUUACCACGAGGAGAAUCUGCUUGCCAACGAGCAGUCCGUAGUGUGCAUUUCGCCGCACGCUUCGGACAGGCUGCGCGUUUAUAAUCUAACGGAGGCCGGGAUCGAACGGUUGACCUCUGCUGUCAAUGCCAGCUGGAGGGCUGGGAUUCAAUCGGUCCGCAAUUGGAAUGUGGAAAAAGUGUACGAGUUCCAGCUUCGGGGCAGGCCUUGGCUGGGGAGUGGUGGAGACGCGAUUUCCGCGCGAAGGCUGGUGGUUGGCGUCUUCCGGUGCAUGCUAGAGAUGGGCUAUGGAUUGGCCCUGAGCGCGAUAACGAGCAGGAAGCCAGAUAGCAAAGAUGCGUGGGUGUUUCUCCGGCGGACUACGAAGACGAAGUGGCAGUGCUCAAACCCUCACGACGUCUUCGCCAUCUCGUUCAACUUGUGGGACACUGUGCGCGUCAUCGAUGCCGGCGAGGAGGGGAGCGGAUUGGUGCGGGAGCUGCUGGAAUGCCAUUGGGCCAAAGGAAUUCAGAAGGUUGAUGCGUACAAAGGGGUUCCGCAGAUCAAGCUGAGGGGCAACCCGUGGCAGGCAUCGUCUGGCAGCGAGUCCACGGCAAGCCGAGUACUAGUGGCGCAGUUGGUGGCGGGAUUAGCAGAGGCCGGCUACACCGUAUACGCAUCCAUAGCAUUGACUUCGCAAGACCGUGGAGACUCUGAGACCCAGGAUUACGAUCAAAUUGACUCGUGGAUAGUAAUCAAGAACCCGCCGCCUUCCUUGGUCUGAAUCAAAAAGCUUACGAGAACAACUGCGAAUUCACGAAACACGCCCUCCUCCUCCUCCUCCUCCUCCUCCUCCUCUCCUGCCCCCUCUCCGUCUUCUUCGUCUUCUCCUUCUCCUUCUUCUGCCCCUGUUGCUGCUGCGAUCUCUUCUUCUUCUUCUUCUUCUUCUUCUUCUUCUUCUUCUUCUUCUUCUUCUCUUUCUUCUUUGCAGUAUUACAACUACAAUGACGCCAACCAUUACCAUAGAUUUCAGAUGGGACUUUUCGUUCCCGCGGAUGUCCCUCUCAUCGAUAGCUUGUUCUGAAACCCCGCCCUUUUACCUUUUUUUUUUUGUUUUCUGCGCGUGUGUGUGUGUUGUCAUAUUCGCUAUACGCUCAAAUAACGCAUAACUGUGCCAGACUGUUUCGUUUUGUGUGUGUGUGUGUGUGUGUGUGUGUGUGUGUGUGUGUGUGUGUGUGUGUGUGUGUGGUCAUUCAAUACGCUCGGUAACACAAACUGAAUGAUGAAGCAAAUGGACUGUUACAGAUAAACACAGCAGGCACGG